AUGACGAACUUGGACAUGUUGCUCCUGAAAGGAGCCUCUGCGAGUAGUCCAGAGGAGGGCCUUCAGGAAUUGCGAUACACAAUCUUGACAAAAGGUAUACCCGCCAACAGCGAGGGCAUGUCGGAGCUACGCAUCUACAUAUGGCUCAUACUGCUCAACGCGCCUCCUCUCAAGACCGACGUAUAUCUUGACCUUGUCCGUCAAGGCGCUUCUCCAGCGCACGCCAAAAUCCAAAACGAUACCUUCCGUACCUUCCAAGGCGAUCCUCUCUUCCGAAGACGCGUCACCCAGAACAGCAUCACGCGUGUGCUCAACGCGGUCGCGUGGAGACUGAACGAUGCACACGAGGCACGCGUCAAUGGCUGGCAGUCCCCACCCACGUUAUCCGAGUUCGGCGGUAGUCCAGAUACCUCGAUGAUGUCGCGCCCUUCCCUUACUGCAGGCACCCGUACAGAAGCGUCUACUACAAACGACGCCGAGCAAAUUGGAUACGUGCAGGGAAUGAAUGUGCUUUGUGGUCCAUUCCUGUACGCGGCAAGGAGUGAAGUCGAGGCUUUCACGGGCUUUGAGCGACUCAUCACGUACGAGUGCCCAGGUUAUGUGAGGGGGUCCAUGGAAGGUGUGCACAAAGGUCUCGCGCUUGUAGACAGAGUGCUAGAGGUUGUCGAUCCUAAGCUGUACGGUCAUCUCAUGGCACACCACAUGGAAGCCAAGAUUUAUGCUUUCGCAUCCGUGCUUACUAUGUGCGCAUGCACACCGCCACUACCUGAGGUCCUGCAGCUUUGGGACUUCCUCUUCGCGUACGGACCGCAUCUGAACAUCCUGUGCAUUGUGGCUCAGUUGGUUCUCAUUCGCGGUGACAUCUUGAACAGUCCAAGUCCCAACACUAUUCUACGUAACCUGCCCGGCCUAAAUGCUCAGAAGAUCGUAGGUGUGGCUAUGAGCUUCGCCGGCAAGAUACCUGAAGAUAUGUACGCCGAGAUUAUCAACCACGCAAAAUGA